AUGUCUCCGAUAAAAUGGAUUUGUUUAACAUUUACAAUAUAUUUACAAAUAAUUGAUUUGUCAAUUAGUUCAAUAUCUAGCAAUGAUUCAUUGUUGGCCAGUCAACACUUUAGUCGUAUAGUCAAAGAAGCCAAAUGUCAUCUACCGGUGCCCAAAGUCAUACACAUCAGCGACUUUAUACGUUCGGCCAAAAAAAAGUUUGUACCGCACUGUACACUACUUCACGUUUGCGGCCAUUUUUCCGGGUGUUGUCUUCAGGAGAAUGAAGAAUGUGUGGCCAAAAGUGUAGAAGAGGUCACACUUUACUUUUGGGUCAUUGAGUUGACAUCGGAUGGCAAACAAAAGAAAGGUGUCGAACACAUAAAUAUGAAGAACCACACGGAGUGCCAGUGCCUGCCUAUCAAUUAUGACACUCCCAGAUAAGUAUAAUUAUAAUCUAUGUACCCAUGUAUAUAGGGUACCAACUCUUAUACAAUACAGUCUAUGCUGUAUAUAAAGUACAUAAAAUACAAACUCUAUAUAAAUACAUACAUAUUUACAUGUCAUCCAAC